GGGGUCAUGUCUGAAUGCUACAGCUGUUCACCAAGGUCUGACCAACAUUCUUUAUGUGGUUUGCUGUCUGAAUGAGAGAGGCAGAGAAGAUCCUAGGGAGGUUGACACUUUCCAAAAAAAAAAAAAAAAAAAAAAAAAAAAGGACCGGACGCAAUCAAAAGACCCCUCUUAUGGAGAAGGACCACAGCAGACAGAGACAAGGGGACAGGCUGCUUAAAUAAGUGACCUCCUGAAUUCAGCAACUGUUUUCUGCACUGGAGAAAAGCCCAUGCUGGAUUCAGGGAAAGAGAAUGGAAAGCUGGGUUCCAAGUCUGCCGUAGCCCGGGUGUGUUGAUCUGUGAGUCCUCAGGCCGGGAUAUAUGUUGAAUGAGGGUUUGUGCUGCGGAGCCUGGGCCAUGAAAGGUACUCUGCUGCUGGUCUCCAGUGUGGGUCUCCUGCUCCCAGGAGUGGGCAGCUGCCCCAUGAAAUGUUUGUGCCACCCAUCAUCAAACUCCGUGGACUGCAGUGGUCAGGGGCUGUCAAAGGUCCCCCGUGAUUUACCCCCAUGGACAGUUACACUGCUCUUACAAGAUAACCGGAUCCACUGGCUUCCUGCUCUUGCAUUUCAAUCUGUAUCACUGCUUUCCACCUUAAAUUUAUCUAACAACUCUCUUUCAAAUCUGGCUGCAGAGGCUUUCUAUGGACUUCCACAUUUGCGGGUUUUAAAUGUAACCCAAAAUUCCCUGCUUUCCAUAGAAAGCAGCUUUGCCCAUGCCCUUCCUGGGCUCAGGGAGCUAGAUCUUUCAUCCAACAGCCUCAGGAUCCUCCCCACGUCUCUGGGGAAGCCUUGGGAGAACCUGACUGUGUUUGCUGUGCAGCAGAACCAUCUUCUCCAUCUGGAUCGUGAACUUCUAGAGGCCAUGCCCAAGGUGAGGCUGGUACUUCUUAAGGACAACCCUUGGAUUUGUGACUGCCACUUACUGGGUCUGAAACUCUGGCUGGAGAGAUUCACCUUUCAAGGGGGAGAAACAGAUGGUGCCAUCUGCAGGCUGCCUGAACCCUGGCAGGGAAAGGCUCUCCUCUCCAUUCCUCACGAACUGUACCAACCCUGUUCUCUACCUUCUCAGGAUUUGGCACCCUCACUAGUCCAGCAGCCUGGUUCUGCCCCGCAAGAUGCCCAGAAGUCUCAUGAGAAUAGCUCAGGACAGCAAGAUCCCUUGGAGUGUGAGGCCAAACCCAAACCAAAGCCAACCAACCUGCGCCAUGCUGUGGCUACUGUGGUCAUCACUGGGGUAGUAUGUGGGAUCGUAUGUCUCAUGAUGUUGGCGGCUGCUAUCUAUGGAUGUACCUAUGCAGCCAUCACAGCCCAGUACCAAGGGAGACCCUUGGCAUCAGCCAGGAAGUCUGAGAAGAUGGGAAGUAAGGAACUUAUGGACAGUUCAUCAGCCUGAGAGCCUUCAUUUCCAAGGUCCCCUCGAUCACUGAGGGCCCGGAAGAAAUAUCUGAGUGAGCUUGAUGUGUUCGAUGCUCCUGUCCCAUGUUUUAUCUUCCAAAACAACUAAGGAAAAAAUGUAUCCAAAAAAUAAAACAAAGUACUCAGUAGGAAGAAGUUUAAAUACCAUAGAUAUAAUAGACACACUCAUAUCUUGCAACUGAGAAGAUAUGACAAGAAGUCUAUGUGUAGGAACAAAAAGAAGAGCGACGCCAUCUCUUUUAGGUACCUGUUUCUGGAUUAAGCUGGAUUCUGCAGAGCAAUAAGAAUUCGGACAUGUGUGCCAAUAGGCAUUUUUAAGAGCUCUGGGGCCACCAGUUGGAGUGCCUGGGAAUUGGCUAGUGCUCUUACCCGACCCGUACUGGCUGCCUCUUAAUUCCAGUUCAUGCUAGAUUGGUAGGAUGUUGAGAUGUUGCGUAUGUUACACAUUUAGUGGAAAUGUCUGUUGGUUGGGAAUUUCAUAGCUGGCCACAAGACUCAGAUUAUAUUUAAUUUUCUAAAUCAGAAAACCAUUUGGGGCUCUCUAAGCUGCAGGGGAAGAUGAAGGUUCCAUGUCUGGAUAAUGGGACUCAGGCCCGGAGCCUGGGCAAGGUUUUGAUGUGAAGGAACACAGAGAGAAUAGUAAACUAGAAUACAGGGCAGAUAUCAUCAAGAGACCAUAUCCACCAAGCAAUGGGAACCUUAUCCUAGAACUCUCCCAGCAGGGAUGGCUUUUGCUUAGGCUGAAUGGUGGCUGUGUCUCUGCAUCCACAUCUACAUCUGCAGUGCACAGAGGGCAUGGAUUUGUACAGCUACACCCACACAUAAACACCCUUGGAGCAAUCAGCUUACCCACUAAUGAAAUGCAGCCGUGUCGGGUGGGAGCCAGUAGCUGUUGAUCACCACCCAGAUUGUAUGCUCAACACUCUGGGAUAGGAAAUAAGAAGGAAGUUUGAGGGGGAGUGGGAGUUACUGGGGGGUGGGCGCGGGACUCGAGGCACUGGAGGGCAGACAUCCUGGCUAGUGCUUCAGCAUGGCUUUAAAAAGUUCAGGUAUGGCUUGCAGAGUCCACAGACUUAGUCUGAGAGAGUUGCAUGCAAAGUGAAUUUUUAUAAAUUGAAUCAUCAUUUGAAUGCAGCAGGGGAGCUCGCUAUUUAAAGGAACCUUUCAUGGAAUCUUUUCUGUAAUGGAAAUAAUUGGCUCCAGAUUGAUGCAUUUUUUUUCCAAAUUUGCAUUUCUAUGCUAGGGUUUCUUAAAGUGGAAUAUACCUAUACCUACUCUUUCUGUUUACACUACAGGCACAUUUUAGGAUUAUAACUCUUUUGCACAGGAAGAGAGCACAGAGGAGUUAAAGACAUGUUAAAGGCAGAAAAUGACAAAUAUGGGGCAAGCUGUUCCUCUAGAGCCCAUGACAGACAUUGCUAAUCAAUCCCAGCUCUUUUCCCAGCUGAGCCUCAAAUAUACCACAGAUGGUUUCUUAAGACAGCACUAUAGGCAACCAGAACUAAUCAAUUGGAGUUGGUUCAAAGGAUAAAGCACAUUUGCCAUUCAGGGUACUGGCUCGACUUCACCCCUCAAGGCCAUGUAAAAAUUGGUUUGGAUCCCCAGUCAGUUGUCUACUCCUCAACCGGAAUAUAAAUGGGAUGUGCACAUGUUGGGAUGGACAGCUGUUGAGUGUGCUAUAAGCAAUGGAAACCUUGUAUAUACCAGUGGGCUAAGGGCAGACUGUCAUUUUGGAGUAUCAAUUCAGCUACAUAAUUUUUUUUAAUAGCAGAAGAAGUUUAAAUGUGAAUGGUCACAAUGAACCCCAUUAGUGCAUGUAAUUAAUAUGCAUUAAAAAUUAUAACGUGUAAGGGAACAGCACACCAAGAUUUCCCAGCAAAGGCCCACAGCUGCAUGGGCUGUCAUUUGCCCUGACAUCUCUCUUUUGUGCCAAGGUAGCUCAAUUCAACUGUGUGACUGAGUUUCUAUUCUAAGGAUGUAGCAACUACUUUCAAACUAAAAAAAAAAAAAGCAUUUCUUUCCAUUGUCCUAACUGCACCUUUUUUUUUUUCCUUUUGGCCAAAAACAUAAUGCGAGAGGAAAUUGAGAAAGUUCCUUUACUCUUCCUCUUGAUUUGGCCAAAUGUUCUUCAAGCUCACGCUGUUAGCAGGCAUGGCUCACUGUUCUCAUGAGCAUUCCUCAUAGAAUUCUGACACUCGCCCCGUGGAGUCUUGGGCAGCUAGCACAUGCCCUAAGAACUCCCAAGGCCAGCAGUACAUACCUCCUCUAACAAGUGAUUUAGGACUGCAAGUGUACUCUGCCCUGUCAGUGGUUUGGCGAUGCUGCAGAUCAGCCUUGCCCUCUCCUCUCAGAGAUUACAUAAAAGAGUUUCUAGUACACUGCGCAAACCAUGAACGUGGCGCAAACCCUCGCCUGUCAACACCCUGAUCCUAUUAGAUGUCGAUGUACAGAUGAUAACCCACGCAAAAGGCCUCUGGCUUAAUAGGUAGUCUUUAAGCACGAGGAGUUAAGUGAUGCAUCUGUAGACUCAGAUUUCUAUCAUUUGCCUACAGUCACCACACACAGCAGUUGGCAGUGAAAAUAAUUACUUACUCUGAAAUGUCAACAGCUCCUCAGAACAGAAAAAUAUAAAUCAAGUUGUUUAGAUGAACAAAUGUGGAGUUAUCAUUUGCUAAUAUGAGAAAUGAAAUGUUUUAAUUGCAAAAUGCACAGCAGAUGAAAGACCCAGUUUUCAGGGUAUUCUGCAAGAACCACAAAUUAUCUUUCAUGAGCACUGCAGCUCACGAGGGGCAAUUUACAAACGCCUCACAGAUUAUUUUCAGCUGCUUAUUACUGCCAUCCUAUUCAUAGAGUCCCCUGUAAGAACGUCCUUCCGCCAGAGCGCCAGACUGGAGGAGGCGCUCAGGGCAAAAGGCACGUGUAGUGUUGCUUCAGAGAAAGUCAUCUGAAAUGGCAUGCUUCCAUUAAAAGUAGCGUAACCGUGUGGUGACAGGCAGGUGAUUUCUGCUCCUGCAGAGACCUGAGUUCACAGCCACUGCAGCUCUCUGUAGUGAAGCUCAAAGGAGAAGGGCAUGUCAGCCAUGUGAUGCUGAGAGUGAGGCAGUAUGUGAGAAGAAAGACCUGCUGUCAAAUCAAAAAAGCUUGCACAGGUAAGGUGGGGACCUCAAAGCCCUUGGAAAGACACUUGUGCUUAAGACGAUAAAAUGCCAGUGGAUAAAGGAGUUAUCUUGUUUUGCCUUAUGAGAACAGAGACCUGAAAAGAGAUCCACACCUGAGCAUCCUGCAGAAGGCUCCUGGAAGUCAAACCCCAUUGCUGAAGUUCACUGAGAACUACUGAAGACAGACCCCCUCUGCCUCAUACUCUGAAUAUUGAAAGUGGCUAAAUUGGUUUCUAAAAUAUUCUAUCUGUGCUCCAUAUUCAUAGUCAUACACUAGUCAUUCAAGACCUGUAACUUCCCGUGCAGAUCAGGAAGUCACUACUUCCAAUGUCCAUUUAGAUUCCCUACAUGCUACUGUCAGAAACCUACAAGACCAGACACCUCAACCUACCAGGCAUCCCUGAACAAGAUAUUCUUCAAAACUUCAGGGGACCAUCCCAUCUCCCCCCUAGUGGAUUGAUUAUUUAUUUAUUUAUUUAUUUAAAUGCUUAAAUUACAAUGAGGUCUCAAAGAAACCUUUGUCUCAUUCAGAGGAGGCCUUAUAACUUUCUGACAGGCUUUCAGAUUCUUGACAGGGCUAUUCACCUCUAUUCCCAUUCCAAAGACACUGUCUGUUCAGAAUCCUCGAAAAGAAUAGGCUGUCACCUAUAGCCUCACACAUCCAUUAAGCAGACCCAGAAAACAAAUCGAGGGAGCUAGGGAAGGCCCUGAAGACCGUUCUGUUGAGGCCUGGAAAAUGUCAGCACAGUUGCCGUUGGUCUCCUUGUCCAUCAUGGGCAUUGCUAACAGAUCACAGCAUACUUAUCAACUGAUUCCAGGCCAGGCCUCAGAAGCCUUUCAAAUCUGUUUUCCAGGUGCCCAUAAGAGAUCAACUAGAGUUGACAUAAGGGAUUAAAGUUAUUUGCUACGUCGAUAUAGUUCAGUGUCUUUAUUUUACAGCUAGGAGCUAGAAGCAUGGAAAAGGGAAGAAACUUGCCAAAAGUCACACACAGUUCAUUGUGUGACUGAUAAAUCCAGUUGCAGAAGCAUGCAGUUAGCAUGCAUAACACAAACUAAUCCCCUAUUACCCUUUGUCCAUUGUAUAGUUAGCUGCUCUAUCUAGACUAUGACAUCAUUGUACUAAUCACUUAGAUAAAGACAAUUACAGCACUGCCAACAAUCUUCACUGGGUGUGGUGCUGGCUAGUUUUAUGCCAGCUUGACACAAGCUAGAGUCAUUUGGAAAGAGGAAACCUCAAAUGAGAAAAUGCCCCAAUUAGGAUCGGCCUGUGGGCAUUUUUCUUAAUUCAUGACUAAUGUGGAAUGACCCAGCUCAUGGUGGGUGGCAUCACCCUUGGGAAGGUGGCCUUGAGUUCUAUAAGAGAAUGCCACUGUGAGAGAAGCCAGUGGUUUCUGCCUCAGUUCCUGCCUUUAAGUUCCUGUCCUGACUUAUUCAUUUAUUUAUUUAUUUUAUGACAGACUAUGAUGUGGAUAUGUAAGCUGAGAUUAACACUUUCCACCCCAAGUUGCUUUUGGUCAUGGUGUUUUAUCACAACACUAGAAACCUAGCCAAGACAAACACCCAGCUUGGCGCCAGGCAUCUUCUAAGCACAUUAAUUAAUUUUCUAUCUACCUUCUAAUGAAAACCAUAGGUGUCUACUGUCCCAUUGCACAUGAGCCUAGAAAGCAAAAGUCCUAAGUUAUCACACCAGUAAAUGAUCCAGUAGAAAUUCACAUAAAAGUUGUGAUGGCUGAUUUUAUGUCAACAGAACAGAAGCUAGGACUAUUUGAAAUGAGGGAAGCUCAACUGAGAAAAAUCCUCCAUCAGAUCCAGCUGUAGGGCAUUUUUCUAAUUAGUGAUUGAUGAGGGUGGGCCCAGACCACUGUAGGUGGUGCCCUCUCUUGACUGAUGGUCCUGGAUUCUAUAAGAAAGUAGACUGAGCAAUCCAGUAAUCAGCAAUUCUCGCCGGCCUCUGCAUCAGCUCCUUCCACCAGGUUCCUUCUCUGCCUGAGUUCCUGUCCUGACUUCCUUCAGUGAUGGAUAGAAGUGUCUGCCAAACAAACCCUUUCAUCUCCAGCUUGCUUUUUUGGUCAUGGUGUUUCCUCACAACAAUAGAAACUCUCACUGAGACACAGUCUUCCCCGAAACCUAGGUGCUUUUUGAGACUGAACACGUCCUUUUUGUUGUUGUUGUUGUUAUUUUGAGUUCCUGGUUUUCACAUCAGCACUUCUGGCUAGCAUACUAAGUAACAAAAGAACAGGCUUUGUUGUAAUGCACAUGUGCAUCACUGCAGGUUGCUCAGAUGCUGGAUGUUGUCUCUGUGCUUGCCCUCCCUUGCUCUUCAGUUUUGUUUUUGCUAGGGUGACUCUCUCAGUUCUCUAGCUUGUAAAUGUCAGAGGACCCAGAGUUCUCCAUCCAUACUCUCUCUACCAUGGAGGGUUUGAGCUCAUCCAGACACUGGUUCUGAUUCCAGCCAGAGCUGCCCACCUCUACCCUCAACCCCAAGCCCCUACUGCACCUCCUCAUUUACUUUAAACCAAAGUACGGUCACAUCAUACAUUUUUCAUCAAAGUUCAGUGUAUAUCUUUAAAGGAUAGAGAUGAAUUUGCAUCCUCAGAUGACAUGUUGUUUCUUCUAAAUGUAAGAAUUCCUAAUUAUUUCAUUUCUAGUUGUUUCAAAUAUGCCCUUUUGAUUAUUUUUGAAAAAGGAUAUUAAAGUCAUUCCACCU